GAUUUCAAAUGGCGCCUAAUCUUCAACGUAUUUCGAUGCUAUCCCAUCAUCCUUCUUUACACUUUUUAUCCAAACUAUCCACUUUAUCCUUACAAAGAAACCAAGAGAAGCAAGCUCUCGUGGAAGAAUUAGAAGAAAGGAUUGAACUAUUAAAUAGACUAGAGACGACUCUUAGCAAAACUCUCAACUGUUUUCCCGAGGAACUUGUUACCUUUUUGAAAAAUAAUGACAGUGUUACUAGUUUGGCAGAGUUUGCAGCUGAAUGCAACGUCGAUCCGUUGAGAGAUACUCAGACUGAACUGCUGAUAGCAGCUUCUCAGAAACUAGAAAGAUGGUGGCAAGUUGAGAAACUAGUAGAAGAAGAGAAAAAGAGAAAUUAUGAAGCGGAAAAACUGUUAAAAGAUUUUGAGGCUUUUAAAAAAGAUUUAGAAACUGUAAUAACUGGCUUCAAAGCAGAGCAAUCUUCCGCUACUCAAGCAAGUGUCGACCAAGAAAAGAAAGCUUUGGAAAAACUUAAAAAAGCUUUUGAAAGUUAUGAAGCAAACUCUAGUUGCCAACCUGUUGAUGUGACACAUGAAGAAGUUGUAGAACUAGGUAAAAAAGUAACUUUGUUGGAAGCGCAAGUUAUUGAGGAGCAGUUGCAACUCGAUACUUAUCAGAUGCUUCCUCAGGAUCCUGUUUUGGCCAGAAUUGUUCUCGAUGAAGCCAAAGAAAAACUGAAAGAGUUUAGUGCAGAAAGAGACAGCAUAUUACGAAACAUGAAAUUUGUUUAAUAUUUAGUCAAUAUUUUUGACACUUUUCUUAUUCUCCAGAUAUACUAGUCGUACAAUAUUUCAUACUUAAAAAGAUACCAAGUUUAUAUUUCUCUUUAAAGCCUUGGGAACUUGUUGGGGUUCUAAAAGUUUUGCUUUUGAGAUACGCCAAACUUGUAUGAAAGUUGUGUGCUUUUACCUCCAAAAGGAGAAAUAGUAAUAAACACUAGUGCCAAAAUUUUACGAGUAGUUUAUUUGCAUUUUCAUACUUUGUUGUUUUCAGCAUGUUUUAUAUUUGGAGUUCUCGAAAAGUCUCGGAAUUAAACCAAGUUUACCUAUCACGAUAUCCCUAAGGAAGAUAAUCAAUUUCUCCCUAAACAAAUAUUUCAUUUCAACAAUUUUUUUAGAUAUCUGCUUUUUUAAUCAUAAACCAUCUUUCUACCAGUAAUCUGUGUUUUAUCUCAUCUCCUCCAAUCAAUCAAUCAUGAAUUCACUCCAUAAGAAGAAUUGUUAUGGUGUUGCAACGGCUUCAUUUCUACCAAUCAUCAACUGUGGAUUGGAAUAGCAAGCAUUUCUCUUCCAUAGUGGUGACCAAUACAUUUGCUUCCUCACUAAAAUGGCUCUUUUGCUAAAGGAAGCACCUAAGUUUGCCAGAAUAAACUGUCUCCAACUUGU